GUGAUCAGAGACUGCAGACAUGAUACAAGAGGUGAUCAGAGACUGCAGACAUGAUAAAAAAGGAUACAGGAGAUGGUCAGAGACUGCAGACAGGAUACAGGAGAUGAUCAGAGACUGCAGACAUGACACAAGAGAUGGUCAGAGACUGCAGACAGGAUACAGGAGAUGGUCAGAGACUGCAGACAUGAUAAAGGAGAUGGUCAGAGACUGCAGACAGGAUACAGGAGAUGAUCAGCGACUGCAGACAUGAUACAAGAGAUGGUCAGAGACUGCAGACAUGAUACAAGAGUU